GUAAUUUACUUGGAAUUAUGCAAUGCUAGUAAGCGGCGGAGCCAGUAUUUUCACUAGGUUACGAAAUAUGAAUAGUAAGGGGUUCAAAAUUCACUUUUGUUGUCUUAUAAAUAGUUUAAUUUGUUGUCGAAUGGGGUUCGAAUGAAGCCCUUGACCCUACCUGGCUCCGCCCUCCAAAAAAGGUGUUUAGAUUGGGGGUUGUGGUUAUAGGUUGUUAAUUGAGAAAUUGUUAGGUUAAUGGGAGUAGUUAUUAAUGUCUAAAACUAGAGUCUCAUUUAUUUCUUAAUGUUGGAAGUAUCGGGACUCAAGGGCGGAGCUAGGGAUUUGGUAGAAAUUACACGACCAGCUGCCUCCACCUGGAAUGGAUGCCUUGUCGAGACAGACCUCUCAUCAAGUUGAUGUCUAUGCAACAAAGUCUUUCUCAUCAAUUAUGGAUAUCAUAGAUGAUUCUUCAAAGGCAACACAAUGUCAACAACCAUCCAUUGUUCACCGUCGAAAUAUUGACCAGGCAAUGUGUUCAAAGAAUCCUCAUCACUACUAUGGGCUCCAUUAUACUCGACGGAGGUCUUCUAAUAAUGCUGAGGCAUCAACUUCCCGUGGUGGGACCACUUCUUUUUAUGAUGAGCUGAUGUCUGCAAAGUCAGCUAGUAAAUGCAACUCGGAUUCUGGACAUGACACAGAGAGUAAACCUCAAAAACCAGAAAGUGUUGGCGUUGCGCCCAGUUUACUGGCAACAAAUGCAACGUCUUCCAACGUCACCAAGCAGUUUUGCGGAUUAUGUCAGAAGCCUUUGAGAAAGAAACACUAUAUGCUCGAUAGCAACAUACCUUCCUACGAGCCCUCUGUUGUGGCAGUUUUAGUUUGUGGUCAUCUUUACCAUGCUGAUUGUUUGGAGGAAAGAACUCAUCAUGACAAUGCAACAGAUCCUCCCUGCCCGAUCUGUCGUGGCAUCAAUUGAGUAGGUUUGCUUCUCUACCUGAAUGUAGAUAACCUCAGAUGCAGAUUCAGGAUUUGAAAAGCUCCGAGUUGUGUAGACAUAUAUACAUAUGUCUUAAGAUCUCGAUACAAUGUAACUAUCUGUUAUGUUUAUAUAUAGUUCGAGUCAAAGGUGCGCGUUUAAUCUUUUGGAUACCAGAUGUAUUGAGAGGGCAAUGUAGCUUACAAGAUGCAUCAACAAUCAGUAUAAACUUUUCAGUGUUUUCUUUGAAAAUAUUUGUGAUGUAUUAGUCUAACUCUAAUAGAAUUUAUAUAAGUCAUUAGUUUAUGACAAGUUGAUGGAUUA